UUCGCCGUAGCAAAUCGCAGAAGACGUAAAAAACACUGAUUUUUCUCCAAGUUGGUAUUUCAGGAACUGAGACACAAAGUCCCAUUUAAUAUCACAUCUAUCCUGUUCUUAUCAGACAAUGGAAUAGUCACCACGUGUUUGGCGCUACUGUAGGGCCCAAAAAUGGCACUAGUUCAUCGUAUUAAUAGUAAUUUUGGUUUUGUAUUAAAUACAUUAUAUUGUAAAUGUAUAAUAAAUACAAAGAAAUUUGCAACGGAACACAAUGUUAUGAGAUAUUCCAAACAAGUUGGUGCAAAUAAUCUUACGAAUUAUGAAUCAUUUGAGCAAAUGUUUAAAUUCAGACAGAAUGAAGCAAGAAAAUGUAUUUUAGUAAAGCUAUCUGAUAUGAAAUAUAUUGAUGAUCUUAAACAUUUUUGUGAAUGUUAUGCAACUAUUGUAAACACUUUUCCUUAUUAUACAGUGAAUGAUAAUAAUUUUGUAUUAAUGGAAUUACAAUCAGUUGAAGAUGUGCUAAAACUCAAAAAUAUAGCUACCUUUAAAACAGAUGUAGAAUGUGCUCGAAGUGUGACACCAUUAUUUUCAUUUAAAUCACGGAAUAAAUUAUAUUUAAGUGAAUUAAGAAAAGAUAUUAGUAUAUAUUCCAACUUUAAAGCUCCAAAGUCAAAUGAAAUCCGAAAAGUACUGGAACAAGUAGAUUCUGUGUCAGAUCAAAUGAUAUCCCUAUACAAUGUUUUAAGAAUUACAGAUUUGGACAUAAGGCUGAGAUUUUAUACUGCAGAUCAGAUUUCAUAUUACGUAUCUAGAUUAUUUCCCAAUAUACGUGUGGUACCAUUUGGAUCCUCUGUUAACGGGUUUGGUCAAAUAGGAUGUGAUCUUGAUUUACUAUGUAAAACUAUUACGGAUACUAAACAAAAAGUUAGCUGGAAAAAGUUCUUUUUUAUGACACAAAAUAUCCCUCUUUCAGAAAGAAAUGAACAAAAAGAAUUCUUAGAAGUAGUAGGUACAGUAAUGAAAAUGUGUAUUCCUGGAAUCUGUGAUAUAAAAAAGAUUCUUGAAGCUCGGGUUCCUAUAAUUAAAUUUUGUAACUUAAAUACAAAUAUGAGAUGUGAUCUUAGUAGCACAAACACGAUUGCAUUACACAUGUCCGAGUUGUUAUACACAUAUGCACAAUUGGAUUGGCGCAUUAAGCCACUUGUUUGCACCAUUCGUAAGUGGGCAAGAGCUAUGAAUUUGACAAAGGAAUAUCCAGGUUCAUGGAUAACAAAUUUUUCCCUUACUUUGUUAAUUAUAUUUUAUUUACAAACGAAAGAUAUAUUACCAUCUCUGAACACCAUAGAGUGCUUUGUAGAACUCAGUAAGAGUAAAAGCAAUGCAGCAGACCCUAAUUUUAAUUGGUUUAUAAGUUGGAAAAAAUCCAUACAGCGUACCAAUGAUGAAAGUUUGCACAGUCUUUUAUUUAAUUUUUUUGAAUAUUAUAGUAUUUUUGAUUUUAAAACGCAAGCAAUUUGUAUAAGAGAUGGAAGAUUCAAACUGAAAAAUGAUUUCUCGCCUCUUCAUAUUCAUAAUCCAUUUGAUGCAACAUUAAAUGUCAGUAAAAACGUUACCUCAAAUGAACUAAUGCGUUUGGUAGAUCACUUUCAAAAAGCGUUUAAUAUAAUGUUAGAUUCAGCUGAAGGAGACAUUAUUUUGAAACUAAUUAAUUUAGGACCAGAUACAACAAAAACUAAUGAUGAAUUUAACAAUCAAGAAACACAAAUAGGACUUGAGGAAAAACUUCUUCCAACCGUAACUGAUACUAAUAGUUUGGAAAAAAUACAAGGGAAUAUAAUAAAGUAAUAAUAAAUAUGACAUUUCAUUUCAAAUUAA